AUGGCUAUGAUCGACAUCGGUUCGGUCAGGAAAGCAUGUUGUUGGUUCUUCAACUUCGUUCUGGCUGUUACUUGGCCCUCUUUGCAGACGGCCUUCACCCCUCAGGGGGGUUUCAGUUGGUAUGCUUGCUGGAACGUCAUUGGAUUUUUCCUCGUUCUUUUCUUUCUCCCUGAAACCAAUCGUAAGAGUCUCGAGGAGCUGGAUGCUGUAUUCAGUGUACCGACAAGGAAGUUCGCGCGGCACGGACUAGCGCAGUUCUUCUACUUUUGGAAGCGGUACAUCUUCAGGCAAGAUGUGGGUCCCCCUGCUGUUCCGCACAAUAACGCGGUUCAGUAUCAUAAGAAUACUUUCGAGCAGGAGAAGCAGAAGGACGCCACGGCUCGUGUAUAA